GACCCUCGGCCUCCGCAGGUGCAUCAGCGGCUCCGAGGAAUUCGUGGCCUGGAAUUCGAACGACUGAGCCGUGGCAGGCGGAGGAUGAGCCCACGGCUCCCUGACGUGACCACGCAGACGGCCUGCAGGCGUUUGGAUGUCUGAGGCCCUGCCUCCCCGGAGCGGCCAUGUCCGAAGGGGAGAGCAAGGACAGCUCGGGCAGCGAGUGCCCCGUGUGCUACGAGAAGUUCCGCGACCUGGAGGGCGCCAGCCGGACGCUGAGCUGCGGCCACGUGUUCUGCCAUGACUGUCUGGUCAAGUACCUGCUCUCCACCCGCGUGGACGGGCAGGUCCAGAGGACCAUCGUCUGCCCCAUCUGCCGCUACGUCACCUUCCUCAGCAAGAAGAGCUCCCGCUGGCCCUCCAGGCUGGACAAGAGCGCCCAGACGCUGGCCCCGGGGUUGGGCAUGACGGGGAAGCCGGGGCUGGUGAUCUCGGCCAGAGCUGAGCUGAGCACCUGA